UAAGUUCUAACCAACCCUUCAACUACAUAGUACAAAACACUAAGACACAAACACAUCAAUUUUUACCAACUUAUUGGUCAUUCAUUCAUUUUGUUACACUUCACAACAUUCAAAUAAGCCAAGAAUCAUGAUCUCUUCAAUAAAGUACACACCAUCAUUACUCACCAACUCUACUUUCUCAAGCACAAAGCUUUUACUUCCAAGGUCUCAACUUUCAAUUCAACCAACCAUUCAAAAUGUUGAACAAACCAUGGCUCUCUCUUUACUUUCUUUCGAAAAACCUCUCUACCUUUCAUCCACUAAGAAUUUUGCAUUGUUAAAUAAACCCAAGAGAAAGAAUGUGACAGAAUGUCAAGCCUAUGAGGCUGAUAGAUCAAGGCCAUUAGAGAUUAACAUUGAACUUCCUGGUGAAGAAGCAGCUCAAAAGGUUAAAAUUGGACUAUAUUUUGCUACUUGGUGGGCUUUGAAUGUUGUUUUCAAUAUAUACAACAAGAAGGUUUUGAAUGCUUUUCCGUACCCUUGGCUUACUUCCACUUUGUCCUUAGCUGCUGGUUCUCUCAUCAUGUUAAUCUCAUGGGCCACUAGGGUUGCUGAGGCCCCAAAAGUUAAUUUGGACUUCUGGAAAGCCCUUUUUCCGGUAGCUGUGGCACACACAAUUGGGCAUGUUGCUGCAACUGUGAGCAUGUCCAAAGUAGCAGUUUCAUUCACUCACAUCAUCAAGAGUGGAGAACCAGCUUUCAGUGUGCUAGUAUCAAGAUUCUUGCUUGGAGAAGCAUUUCCCAUGCAAGUUUAUCUUUCAUUGUUACCAAUAAUUGGUGGUUGUGCACUAGCUGCAGUGACUGAGCUCAAUUUCAACAUGAUCGGAUUUAUGGGAGCUAUGAUAUCAAAUUUGGCAUUUGUAUUCAGAAAUAUAUUCUCCAAGAAAGGGAUGAAUGGGAUGAGUGUUAGUGGAAUGAACUAUUAUGCUUGUCUUUCAAUGUUAUCUUUAUUAAUUCUCACACCUUUCGCCAUUGCUGUCGAGGGUCCUAAACUUUGGGCUGCUGGCUGGCAAACAGCUGUGUCUCAGAUUGGUCCCAAUUUUGUAUGGUGGGUAGUUGCACAGAGUGUGUUCUACCAUUUGUACAAUCAAGUCUCAUACAUGUCUCUUGAUCAGAUUUCUCCUUUGACAUUUAGCAUAGGGAACACAAUGAAGAGAAUUUCUGUAAUAGUCUCUUCCAUUCUUAUCUUUCACACGCCACUUCAACCUAUCAAUGCUCUUGGAGCAGCAAUUGCGAUUCUUGGAACCUUCAUCUAUUCACAGGCUAAAGAGAAAUAAGGCUGUGAUUUUGAAGCUGUAAUUGAAAUCAAGAGACCGAUGACUCCUGUUUUGAGGUUAUGUUGUUAGACUAUAUAUGAUAUGAUUAGGGCUAUGGUGUUAAUUAGAGUGUAUUAUGUUGUCAAUAGAGGUUUUAUUUGAGGCCAUUUAAAAGUGUUUGUAAUCUCCUUUUUAUAUGUAUAAAUGAGGUUUCCAAUA